AUGCGGGGACCCCGCGCUCCGGCGCUGCUCUGCCUCGCCCUGGCCGCGCUGCUCAGCCCGCCCGCCGAGGCGUGGUACAAGCAGGCGGCCGGCCCCAGCUACUACUCCGUGGGCAGAGCGUCCGGGCUGCUGUCCGGCAUCCGCCGCUCGCCCUACAUGCGCCGCUCCGGCUCCGACGACAACGGCGGGACGGACAGCAGCGCCGAGAACAGCGCCGCCGCCGCCGCCGCCUUUCUGGCCGCCGAGCCGCGCCAGAGCCCGGGCGGGCUGCGCAACAUGGCAGUGUGCGUGAAAGAAGUGGCCCCGGAGCUACAGAGCUGCCAGCUGCUGCCGGGCGCGCCCAGCAUAAUUCAGUGCAAGGCUGAUGUCACCGUCUCCUUGGACCCCACCGACUGCAUCAGCCCUUGAGUCCUUUCCUGUAAUCCGGACUGGGGCACCUGGGCUGGGUGAGCAGACGCGGCUAGGCAGAAGAGGAGGUUUGUCUCUAAGAAAGGCAAGCAGCCCAGAAGGGUGAGAAGACGGAUUCUCUUUCU